UGCAGUACCUACAUUAUUUGACGUUCCAAAAAAGUCGCAGCAAGUGCCGCUGGAGAGGAAGCUGCCACAGACACACCGUAAAACAAUGCCGAGAGCAAAAAAACUGUUUUUUGCCACAAAAGUAACCCCUCCCUCCAAAACAUCAAAAUCCUCAAUACAGUCUCGUUUUGAAUAUGAGAUGUUCGAGACGGUCGAAUGUAACUUGCAGACUCCUGAAGAUGACAAGGGUUCGGACACGAUCUCUGACCCACAGAUGUUUGAGGCGGUCGAGUGUAAGGUGGAGCCACAUGAAGAGAACACGGGAUUUGACACAGUUCCUGACCCACAGAUGUUCGAGGCAGUUCAGUGUAAGGCAGAGCCACAUGAAGACAACACAGAAUCUGACACAGUUCCUGAGCCAGAGUUUUUUGAAGGAGUCGAGUGUAAAGUGGAGCCUCUUGAAGACGACACAAGAUGUGACUCACCUUCUGAACCGCAGGACUUCGUAUUUGUGACGGUGAAGACGGAACCUUCUCAGGAGAGCACAGCAGAUACCAGCCUGGAUGUGUUUGAGGCAUCUGCAUCAGCAACCAAAGGAGCUGACAGCGCAAAAACGUGUGGCGGAGCAGUUCCACACCUGUCACCGGCUCUACCGUCAGUUACCGGUCGAAAACAAAAAUCGAUUAUCCACAGCCAGGCCAGAAAAAUAAUAUUAAAUGUGGCAUACUGUUGUGACCUGGAGAAACAGAAGAAGCAGCUGAUCUUCCCACUGAACGAGCCGCUGAAGCGAGCCGCCGUCUACACCGGGAGGACUGUGGAGAGCCUGCUGGAGUUGAGGGAGUCUCCUGCGGCGGACGCUGGCGGCAGCUCUCCGACGCCCGUUCCCAACAAGAAGAGGAAAUUGAAUGACGAGAAAAUUGACGACUUCGACGAGCGAGUCUUGAGGGACACGAUCGAGGAGUUCUACACGGUGCGGAAAGCGGUGCCCACGCUGGGGAAGCUCGUGUCCGCCCUGCGAGAGAAGACGGGCCUGGAGUGUGAGAGCGCCGCUCUGAGGAAGAGGUUGAAAUCGAUGGGCUUCGUCUGGAGGAAGGUCGAAGAAGAGGACGGGCGGACCUUCUUACUCGAGCGGUUCAGUCUGGUGCGGUGGCGCUCGCGUUUCAUCGUGCGGAUGAAGCACACGAGGGAAGUCGGCAGGGAAAUCUUCUACCUGGACGAAUCGUGGAUAGACACGGGUCUGAACUGCGGCAAGUGCAGGGACGGAAGAGCGGCGGGCGGCGGCGGUGCGCUGGUCGUCCGGAGUGUCGGAUCCCGGAAGGGGUUCGUCAGAGAGGCCCAGCUGUCGUUCCGUGUCGGCUCCGCGAAGAAGUGGACCGGCACUGCCGACUUCGAGAAGUGGUUCGAGACGGGCGUGCUCCCGAACCUCCCGCCGGAGUCUGCCGUCGUGGUGGACGAUGCCCCGCACCACUGCAGGCGGGCCGACCCGGCGCCCUGCGUGUACGAUCCGAAGUCGCACAUGGUGACGUGGCUGCGCAGGAGGGGCGUCGCGUGCGACGAGACGAUGAUGAAGUACGUGCUGUGGGAGUUGAUUCGGGCAAACGGCGGCUCUCGGAAGGACUACAUUGUCGACCAGAUGGCUUCCGUACGGGGCCACUCGGUGGUCCGACUGCCGCCGAACGUCCGCGGACUGAGUGCGGCCGACCUGGCGUGGGAAAAAGUUGUAAAGUACGUCCGACAGCACACGCUCCCGGGGCUAUCGUUCGCCAGGCUGCAGAAGGUCGUGACCGCCGCCUUCCAGAGUGUUACUGCCACGGACUGGGAGGGCUACUGCGGGAAGGUGCGGGCCAUCGAGGAGGACUACUGGAGGCGCGACGGUGCCGCGGAGGAAGCUGUCGACGACGUCAUUCUGAACCCCGGCACGCCCGACAGCGGUGACGAGAGCGAGGACUCGAUCACGGAAGACGACGAGACCGAGAGCGACUGAGUGGGAGCGGUUCACAAUUGUGCACCUUCUGGCUGUCAAUGUCGGUGUUCACGACACCUUCGAGCGGCGUCACCGAGGCAUAAAUAUCGCUGUCCGGCAAGUGCUACUGUGAUGGCCGCGCUGCACCUUGCCUCUGCUGUGUUACGCCACUGCAUAGGCACCGGACAUCACAGAUUGGGG